AUGUCCGCAUAUAAUGAACUCAUGCGAUUCCUGUACGCGGAAGAGAGACAGGGAUGGACUGGAUAUGUCGAGUGGGAGAAGUAUCCUGAGCGUAAGGCCAAGGCCGCCGAAAUACUCAGACGACACAAGUUUAGCCCCAUACCUGAAUUCCAGAUGGGUCCGCUCCCAACGACCAAUCCCGUUCUCGUGGGCCACCGCUGGAAGGAAUACCAUGAAGCCCUCGGUCUGAAGUAUAUCGUGGAUUUCAGCUGGGAAAUAGUGCUCAAGGAAAAGCCUGACCUCAUCCAUUUGCUCGAUUUUCCUUACAAUGGGGAGACGAGACGAAAGGAACUGAUGGAGAGCAAGGUGACGAGCAAUCGGCAGCACUUUAUACGCAAUCACGGAGGGGUCCCUGACAUCAGUGCAGACGCUUAUGAGCUCGAGAUUGGAGGAUUAGUCAACAUGCCUGUCAAGUUGUCUCUCAAGGACCUUCAAAAUCCGAACAAGUUCCCGCAAUCUGAAGUGACCGUUACCAUUCAGUGCAGCGGUACACGUCGAAUCGAGCAGAUCGGACAAUACCCUGGCGAGGGCGAUGAGCUCAUCAACGCUCCUUGGGGCGAAGGUGCUAUAGGUACUGCAGUCUACCGUGGCGUACCCCUCAAAAAGGUCCUCAAGAUCGCCUGUGGAGGAGUCCUUCCUGAAGCUCAACAUCUCGAAUUCAUUGGUGCCGACACUUACUUCAAGAAAGGUGACGUAUACAAUUACGCUGUAUCGGUGCCUUGGUGUAAGGUCAAGCAGAACGAGGAGGUGCUGUUGGCCUGGGAGAUGAAUGGAGAACCGUUACCCAAGAUUCAUGGAUACCCGCUGAGGGUAGUUGUAGCGGGGUAUAUUGGCGCAAGGAGCUGCAAGUGGGUCACCAGGAUUAAUGCACUGGCCGAGCCCAGUCGAGGUCCGGUACAGAUGCAGGAAUACCUCUACUACUCUUUCCAGAUCGGAAAGCAAAACGCCAUGACCUCAAACGGAUUCUCCAUUCAGGCUAUGCCCGUCUCGAGUGCCAUCAUCUUCCCGGAGGAGAAGAAUGUCAUUUUACACGAAGGGUCCGUCAAGGUACAGGGAUGGGCGUACAGCGGUAACGCCUGUUGGAUCGAACGUGUCGAGGUGUCGCCUGAUGGCGGUCACGCGUGGUACGAAGUUCCCCCAGAGAAUUUGACUGAAAAACACUACCAUGCGUGGCGACUAUGGGAAAUCGACCUCCCCAUCGAUGCGGAAGGAUGGAUUGAACUUUGUGUGCGUGCGUGGGACUCUUCAAACAAUACCCAGCCAACGUUCAUUAGAUCUGCUUGGAACUGGGAUUUGCACGUCACAUCCUCUUGCCACCGCAUCAAAAUCUAUAGUAUCAACAAAACUAGACCUGCCACUCGUGCUCGCAUGGCAUUGAUGGAGGCGCAUGGUGUAACGAGCUUCGAGCCGUUGACGCUACCUUUGGAAUUUGGGCUGGAGAGCGAGGAGGAAUAUCUGGAAAAGAUGAGGAGAAAUCCCAGAGAGCCAAAGGACUGA